AUGAUGUGCUGGCGCUCGACGUCCGCCCUCCUCACCAGCGACACCUCCACCUCUUCAGCAUCUGCCCUGUCGGCCAUGAGCGUAAUGACGAUCGACAACAAUGACGGCUGGAUCCUCUACAGCAGUGGCUGGACGACAAGCGGUUGCUCCAGAAUGGAUGGUGCUGAUGAAGCGGCGGCGAGCCUGCACUGCAUUGUUAGGUCGUCCAUGGACCGACCAGCCCUCGCCGUCUUCACCUUCAAUGGUACCGCUGUCCAAGUCUCUGGAUGGCAGAACUCGACGUCUCCGCGUAUGUCAAGGACGUUGUUCAGUGUGGACGAUGGAAAUCCUUCUUCCCCGUCAAGCACGGAACCAUACAUAUACCAAGCUACUUCUCUCUCGCCAGGCCGACAUACGCUAUUCAUCCAGGCCCAUGAGGGGUUCGCCCUCGAUCACAUCGAGUACGCCCCAAGCGCUACGGACAGCAGCGCUCCCUCAAGCUCGUCGGAUUGCGCGGUAGCCGCUGGCGCCAUCGAGUCAGGAAGCAACAGCGAUGCAGCUGCUCGGAUCGUAGGCGGCAUCCUCGGUGCGGCCAUCAUUGUCUUAUGCGCCAUCAUCGCCUUCUUGCUCUGUCUACGUCGGAAGGAGCGUAGAGAGGCCCGACGUGCUUCCCUCUCCGCUGUCCCCUUUGCCCGCCACCCACAGCUAAGGCGGACGCUCUCAGAAAAGCUCUAUGCCUUCGACGGUUCGCAGUCUUGCGUCCCCAAAUCGCCCACGCCGAGCUCCUCCUCGGAUCUCUCGAAGAACCUUCCCGCGUCCGACCCGUCGAAGUACCUUCCCUCAGUGCCGUAUGCGCCACCUCCCAAAGACUAUACGACCCCCAUACUGGGAUACGCGCCUCGUUAUACGACUCCUGCGCCAAAUGACACGCGACCAAUGAGGGUGCCCAAGCGUGCUCGACAAGGCUCUACCGCAGCAUCGCCCACGCCCGCGCGGCAGACCUCCAUGCCCGGCCACAUACGCCGAAGCUCGUCGGAGAAACGGCUCCCUCGCAAGCCGGCACCGGCAGUGCACGACGAUUACGGGCUGGUGCAGAGCAAUAGGUUCACCUCGACGCAUGCUGAUGACGGCGGCGUGCCGAAGGGCAGGGAGCAGUCAUUGUUUGGGCUAGCCCGCUCGGACACGCCGUUCUCAGAUACGGACACAGAGCUGCCGAAGUACUCGCUGCCGUCGCCGACGCAGGGUUACGGGUGGACGUCGGAGAAGGCAAAGGAGAAGAUGUAA